GGUUCAGGCACCUCAAAUAUAUUUAGGGCUGCUUCUGUAUCUCUCUUCCCAAAUUCCCAAAUCCCCAAAUCGAAUCCGAAUCCAAGACCAGACGAGCGUACCAAAUUCGUUUCAAUCGUCUCUGAGAAAAUAUGCCUCAGAGGCACUCAAAGAACAACAACGACCUCGCUUUCUUCACCUACGAUGAGAAGAAAAAGCUAGGCUAUGGAACGCAGAAGGAGAGGCUGGGCAGGGACUCCAUCAAGCCUUUCGACGCUUGUUGCCUCUGCUUAAAGCACUUCAUUAACCCCAUGUGCUGCCAGAAAGGCCACGUGUUUUGUAAAGAAUGCAUUUUCGAGUGCUUGCUUUCUCAGAAGAAAGAUAUCCAGAGAAAGCAAGCUGCACAUACUGCUCAGCAGAAGCAAGAGAACCAAGAGGAAGAAGAGAAGUUACUGCAGCAGAAAGCUAGAGAGCUCGAGGCUUUUGAUCAGCAAAACCAUGGUGCACUACCGCAAUACAAUGAUAGAAACCAGAACCGAGAUAAGACUGGUUUCCAUGGUGCCAAUAGUGUUAAGGUCACCUCUUAUGAAGAAGAGGCGCUUCGGACAAUGAAAGCAUUUUGGCUUCCUUCCGCUACACCUGCAGCUCCUGCUAAAGUAGAUGCUCCUUCUACAAGCACUGUCUGUCCAGAAGGAAGCGAGAAACUAAAGCUGAAGUCCCUUUUCCCUGUUUAUUACACAGAAGACAGUAGUGAGGAGAAGAAAUCUUCAUCUCUGGAUAAGACAUUUAUCUGUCCGAGCUGCAAGGUUACUUUGACCAACACGAUGUCGCUCGUGGCUCUUAGUUCAUGCGGGCACGUCUUUUGUAAGAAAUGUGCUGAUAAGUUCAUGGCUGUAGAUAAGGUUUGCCUUGUUUGCGACAAGGGAUGUAAAGAAAGGCAUUUGGUGAACUUGGCAAAAGGUGGAACAGGCUUUGCUGGCCAUGGAGAUAAUCUUGAAGCAAAAGACUUCAAGCAUUUGGGGAGUGGCUCGGGAUUAGGGUUGGUUAGACCCGCAGUGAAGACUUGACCACUGAAAUUUUAGGGUUUGGUGACUUUAACACCAAGUUCUCCAUCCUUUUUUGGAUCUCUUUUGUUGUGGCUUUCAAUGUUAUUUAUAUACAGCAACAUUGGGGCAUCUUUUAUCUGUAAGUUGAGUUGUGUGUCUAUGCAUUGCUUGAACAUGUUUUAUGAUUCUGCACUUUGGUUAAUGAGCAAUUAAACAUGGGCUGUGGUAAAUUGGUUGUA